AUGAUUUUUAUAUCAUGCUUAACAGGAGAGAUUCUUGGUGGAUACAAUCCUCUAAAAUGGAAUAAUAACGCUCAAGACAAACCGGAUAAAAUGACCAGGAAAGACAGUUGGUCUAGAACAAAAGAUAGUUUUAUUUUUAAUUUAACACCAGAAAAUUUAGGAAAUUCGGGUGGUAAAAAAAUUAAUGAUACUUACGUAUUAAGUAGAGUUCAAAAUGCAGGAUAUGCAUUCUUUUAUAGUUCCAAAUGGGGUCCUAACUUUGGAGAUUUUGACCUUAAGAUGACCAAUAAUUUCAAGAGGCACAAAGGAACCAGUUGCAGACAAGUUAAUUAUGAAAAACCUAUUAGAAACAGCACUGAACCCUUUAUGAUUGAUGAAUAUGAGAUAUUUCAAAUUUGUCCAAGAACUUUUUAA